AUGCCCCACCGAUCAUCGACAAUGAUUUUGAAAAGUACCCGAAAAUAUGCGAAAUAUUUUUAUAUUGUCCUUGGUACGCUGCUGAUAGCGUUGGGUGGAUUUUUUCUAAUCUAUUCCAGGCCAUUGUUGGAGCGAUUUAUAGAUAGUCAAAUGAUAUUACGUCCCGGUGGCGAACUGACCAAAAUGUGGGCCACUCCUGAUGUCAAUGUAUCGGUGGACUUCUAUUUUUUCAACUGGACAAAUUCUGAGGAAUUUUAUGAUAUGUCCAAGAAGCCCAAGGUGAAUGAGGUUGGACCCUUCAGUUAUAUAGAGGUGCCCUAUAAGAAGGUAUUCAAGUGGCAUGACAACAAUCACACUGUGGAUUAUGGCAAAACGCAUUAUUAUCAUUUGAAUACAACCCGUUCGAAGCUGGGGCUGAAUGACACCUUGGUGUCCAUUAAUGCUCUGUUGGCGGGUGCUGCUGCAAAAUCACGACAUUGGCCUUACCUGAUGCGCACAGUGAUCGACAUGGCCUUGAAGUUCUACAAAAACGGUGCUGUCUGGACGAGGACUGCUGAUGAAUUCUUCUUCAGGGGUUUCAAUGAUGAUAUUGUAAAUUUAUUGGCAGUGCUGCCGGCCUCGCUGAGAUAUAAUCUGGGCGUUUUUAUGCCAUGGGAUCGGAUUGGGUAUGCUUAUGCUCGCAAUGGCUCCACCGAUUACUUGGGUGUGCACAGCAUACACACCGGCGUGGGCGAUAAGUCGCAACUCGGACAAAUGGUUCAAUGGAAGGGUAAAAAUUAUACCGACGCCUUUGCUAGCGGUUGUAAUGGCGUACACGGAUCUCCGGGAGAAUUUCAGAGGACCAAUUUAAAAAAAUAUGAAUCCAUUGAAUAUUACUUUACGGAUUUUUGUCGACCGGUGACGGCGGAUUAUGACAGUGAGGUGUACUACAAAGGUGUAUGGGCUUAUCGGUAUAAAAUCUCUCCGAGUGCCUUUGACAAUGGCACUAUGUAUCCGGAAAAUAAAUGCUACUGUGAUGGUGAAUGUUUACCAUAUGGUGUAUUUAAUAUCAGUAACUGUUAUUAUGGUAUACCAAUACUGAUAUCGAAACCACAUUUUAUGGACGCUGAUCCAUUUUAUGCGGAUCAGGUUGAGGGUAUAGCACCGAAUAGGACGGCACAUGAAACAUAUCUUAUUUUGGAACCAAGAACGGGACUGAUGAUGCAUUUAACGGGUCGCUUGCAGUUGAAUAUUUAUAUAAGGCCAACAACGCAUAUAAGAUCCUUUCCCACCAAACGAAACUUUGCCUUUCCCGUCGUUUGGUUCGAUAUGACAAUGGAAAUAUCCGAUUAUGGAGCAUCACUGUUGCGGCACGUUAAAAAUUUCCCCAUGUAUUGUGACAUCAUGGGUAUUGUUCUGGUAUUAUUGGGCCUCAUUGUUGCCCUAUGGCAACCAUGUCGUGAUCAUUGGAAUAAACGUUAUGUUCGGCAUAUGGAAAUUAAUGCGCUGCCCAGUGACGAAGAUGCCAAGGUUAUUCCCGGUGAUUUAGAUGCCAAAGAUAUUAGCAGUACGAAGGAUUUAUUCGGUCUACGUUCGAAUUUUUCAUCGCUGAUGUAUAUUACACAUCCCCGCCGAAGUCUACCGAUUGUCAUCUCCCAUCUAGAUGGUGAUGAUGAGGCGUGGCGUUCAUGUCUCAGCGAAGAGCAAAGAGCCUCGAGCGAAGGGACCUCCUCCUCAUCCUCGUCCGAAGAAUGUGAUACCAGUUUAGAUAUGGAUAGUUGA